AUGAACACAGUUGACAUAGGACGAUGCAGCAAACGCAUCGUACAGUAUCUCUGGGAUCCAGAACCCAGGAAUGAUGAAGAUCCUAAUUCUUCAAUAUGGUGCCUAGGGAUAGAGUAUCAUCCCGACAAGGAUGCCAACACAAGAGAGACACCCGACAAGAACAACACCCGAGAGAACGUGAUGGGAACGACCAACUAUCGGAAACCAUCAGAACAUGCGUGGCCUGAGUCGUUCCUGUUGGAUUUCGAAUCAAGAAUCUGGAUGACCUAUCGGUCCAAUUUCCCCCCUAUACCUAGAGUCGAGGGAGACGACAAAAGUGCAUCAAUGACACUGGGGGUACGCCUAAGAAGCCAAUUAGUAGAUACGCAAGGAUUCACAUCCGAUACUGGCUGGGGCUGUAUGAUACGAUCCGGUCAGAGCCUGCUGGCAAAUGCACUAUCUAUGUUGGUCCUAGGACGUGACUGGCGCCGUGGAGCAAGGUUUGAGGAAGAAUCACAGCUACUGUCUCUUUUUGCCGACACGCCAACUGCCCCCUUCUCUGUACAUCGGUUCGUAAAACAUGGUGCCGAAUCGUGCGGGAAGUACCCUGGGGAAUGGUUUGGGCCCUCCGCAACCGCCAAGUGCAUAGAAGCACUUUCGUCCCAGUGUGGAAAUCCCACACUGAAAGUAUAUGUCUCGAAUGAUACAUCGGAAGUUUACCAGGACAAAUUCAUGGAUAUCGCCCGAAACACAUCCGGUGCUUUUCAGCCUACCCUGAUACUUCUAGGGACAAGGCUCGGCAUUGACAACAUCACCCCAGUCUAUUGGGAUGGUCUAAAAGCAGCGUUGCAGUUCCCUCAAUCAGUCGGAAUUGCAGGGGGACGCCCGUCGGCGUCACACUACUUUGUCGGAGCCCAGGGGUCGCAUCUAUUCUAUCUAGAUCCACAUUAUACCCGCCCUGCGCUUCCAGAUCGUCAAGAAGGCGAACUAUACUCAAAGGAGGAGGUUGAUACUUAUCAUACACGGCGCUUGAGGAGGAUUCACGUGCGGGACAUGGAUCCGAGCAUGCUUAUAGGCUUCCUCAUUCGAAACCAGGAAGAUUGGGCCGACUGGUUAAAGCGCAUAGAAGCCGUCAAGGGACGGCCGAUUAUCCAUGUACUCAAGCAAAUGAAUCCUGACCACGACCAGGAAGCGGGAGCACUUGACCAGGUUGAAGCACUGGAUGAUAUCGAAUAG